CAGACCGAGAAGGGCGGAGUUUUCCGAAGUGUCAUGGCGGCGUCCAGGAUUGGUUGACUGCUUUCCUCCGGGGUCAUCGCGGCGGCUUCAACCGAAGAAAGACUCAGUGAAGAUGGGGACGGUGCACGCUCGGAGUCUGGACCCCCUUCCUAUGGAUGGGCCAGAUUUUGGAUCUGCAAGUGAUGACAACGAUCUGGUGGAAGUGGAACCGCAGAAGAAGCAGGAAAUCUUAGAAAAUAGAGAUGUCGUGGUCCAGCGGGUUCACUUUGAAGGUAUGGGAAGGACGAAAGACGAUCUUGUCAUGUAUGAAAUUGCUGAUGUCUUCAAGGCAAAGAAUCUUAUUGAUGUGAUGAGGAAGGCCCAUGAGGCCAGAGAGAAACUCCUCCGUCUGGGAGUAUUCAGACAAGUGGAAGUUUUAGUGGAUACCUGUCAAGAUGAUGAUGCUCUUCCCAAUGGCCUGGAUGUCACCUUUGAAGUCACAGAGUUAAGAAGGUUAACUGGAAGUUAUAACACGAUGGUCGGCAACAAUGAGGGCAGCAUGGUUCUUGGACUCAAAUUGCCCAAUCUCUUUGGUCGUGCUGAAAAAAUGACUUUCCAGUUCUCGUACGGCACCAAGGAGACCUCUUACGGCUUGUCCUUCUUCAAACCUCAAGUUGGGAACUUUGAAAGGAACAUCUGCUUCAACAUGUAUAAAGUUACCGGACAGUUUCCCUGGAGCUCGCUGAGAGAGACCGACCGCGGGAUAUCUGCUGAAAUGAAUUUCCCAAUAUGGAAGACCAGCCACACCUUGAAGUGGGAGGGCGUCUGGAGAGAACUUGGUUGUUUAGCAAGAACGGCAUCAUUUGCUAUUCGGGAGGAAAGUGGUCAUUCUCUCAAGUCUUCUCUCACUCAUUCAAUGAUGAUUGAUUCCCGCAACUCUACAAUCCUGCCAAAGAGAGGUGCCUUACUAAAAAUCAACCAGGAGCUGGCUGGAUACACCGGAGGAGACGUCAGCUUUUUAAAGGAAGAUUUUGAACUUCAGAUAAACAAACGUCUAUCUUGGGACUCGGUGCUGUCCACUUCUCUCUGGGGGGGAAUGCUGCUUCCUAUUGGAGAUAGGCCAUCCAGCAUUGCAGAUCGGUUUUAUUUGGGAGGACCAACAAGUGUACGGGGAUUCAGUAUGUACAGCAUUGGACCCCAGAGUGAAGGUGAUUAUCUUGGAGGUGAGGCAUACUGGGCCGGUGGUAUACAUCUCUACACCCCACUACCCUUCCGUCCUGGCCGUGGUGGUUUUGGCGACCUUUUCAGGACACAUUUCUUCCUUAAUGCUGGAAACCUAUGCAACCUAAACUAUGGUGAAGGCCCGAGAGCUCACAUUCGCAGGUUGGCUGAGUGUAUCCGCUGGUCUUAUGGUGCAGGCAUUGUGCUUCGACUCGGAAACAUUGCCAGACUGGAACUAAAUUACUGCAUCCCCAUGGGUGUUCAGAGCGGAGACAGGAUAUGUGAUGGAGUACAAUUCGGGGCUGGAAUACGGUUCCUGUAACUUUUGGUCUUCAACCACGACAAGAUCAUUGCAGAAAACAAUCUCCUCACUAUUUAUAUCUGACAUUUGGUUUUCUUUUCCAUCCCAAAAAUUCUAAAGUUUCAUGUAUGUACUAUAUUUUAUGCACAGCCGUACUAUUAAAGAACUAUUGGAUGAA